AUGUCGGAAAAGAAAGGUCCGGUAAAGCGCAAAGCCGCGCCGUUGGCGGUGCCGCAGCCUGGGGAAAACGCGGCCGAAAGGAAACGAGUGCUCAAUGUCCUUGCGCAGCGACGAUAUCGCCAGAGACGGAAAGAGCGCAUCCAAAAGCUCGAAGCACAAGCAGCAGAUGUGAAUGGCGACAACAGCGUAUUUUCUCAGAGCCCUUCUUUGCCCCUGAGCCCACACGCAUCACCAAACGCCAUUGGAGCACAAACAGCCAUUGGUAAUCAAUCAUCACAACCAUCCUUCCAGCCACCAGACAUAUCAUGCGAUGAUAGCGCCCACAAUCCCCAGAUCGAGGCGGCGGGGGAAGCUGCGUCGUUCCCUGCUUUCCCAGAUGCCUUUGCUAGCUAUGACGCAUAUUCCUUCGCUAGCGUUCCCACCGAUGACCAGGCUUUGUGGGAUACAUCAGUGCUGUUGCCUUCACUGCCGAGCACUCCACUGUCGUCAUCGAGGCAUACAUCUUCGAGCGAGAGCGAGGCUUGGUCCCUGCCACCUCUCCCAGCAGUCCAGAGAAGUUUGGGGGCCAAUCCGCCGACACCUCAAGCGCAGUUUAUGUUUGACCAGGCGGUGACAUAUUCUUUUCCCGACGAAGCGCACUUGGAGAUGGCCGAACUUACCUUACUGCGGGGGUGUAUGGCAAUCGCCAGACGGAUGAAAGUCCAAGAUAUCAUAUGGUCCUUGACCUCGACGUCGCCGUUUGUCGAUUCCUCUACACACCCGGCACAAUUCAGUGACCUCCCAGGUAAUUUGCAACCGACCCUGAUCCAAACCACCAUCCCACAUCACCCGGUUAUCGACCUGCUGCCUUGGCCGAUGGCGCGUGAUAGAAUGAUCAAAGUGUUGUCGCAGCCCCCUGAAUUCCGACCUCCAGGGGCAGCCUCGCCAAUGGCCCUGCUGGACUUUGUGUACGACCUGGAAGACAGCGCAGAGGGCGUAAGGAUAAGCGGCGGCAAUCCAUAUUCGGAGAUGAAUUGGGAAGUGGGCGAAAAGGUGUUCAAGUCCUGGUGGUGGAUUCUCGAUAGGGAUAUUAUCAAGAGGAGCAAUGAGUUGCGUGCAUCGAGGGGUGCACCGAUGCUCGGGUCUGGAAGUAUUCUGGGGGAGGUGGGAUGA